AUGGGAGGGAUAAAGGGUGCCCUGGGCCGUCAACUCUACCGGCAUACCACUGCAACGAAAAACAUCCCUACACUCCCUACACGACUCUCGUCUUCCGUCGCAGCUGCCGCAGUCAAUAUGGCACCUGGACCGAUAGAUACUACUUCUCCCAGCAGAGCCAAUGUCCACCCUGAUACUUCGUACCCCAUCGAAGUGAGAGACAAGCUCGGUGUCCACGGUCUCACGCCUCCAAACGUUGAGAGCCAUGCCCUCCAACUCACUCGUUGCCUCAAGCAACUAGCUUCCAAGACGACGCCUAUUGAGAAAUACAUCUACCUAAGUAACCUCCGAAACAGCAAUAUUCAUCUCUUCUACCGUCUCGUCCUCACAAAUUUCACGACUAUUGCACCAAUAAUUUACACACCAAUAGUGGGAGAAGCGUGUUUGAAGUGGUCGGAGAUCUAUCAGCAACCUGAAGGUCUAUACAUCUCUUAUAAAGACCGCGGUCAUAUUCUUGAAGUUCUCCAAAAUUGGCCUCAACCCAAUGUUGAAAUCACCGUCGUCACUGAUGGCUCUCGUAUCCUUGGACUCGGCGAUCUCGGCAUCAAUGGUAUGGGAAUUCCUGUCGGUAAGCUAGCACUCUACACAGGAUGUGCUGGAAUUCGACCUGAGGUGACCCUACCAUUGUGUCUUGAUCUGGGGACCAGCAAUAAGGAUUUGUUGGCCAGUCCAUUGUACAUGGGUGCCAAGAUGCCAAAAGUCUCUGAGCAGGAGGAGGCUGAUUUCUUGGAUGAGCUGAUGGUUGCUUUGAACAAGAUGUGGCCUGGUAUCGUCGUCCAAUUCGAGGAUUUCAAGAAUCCAUUCCCAGCUCUCGAAAGAUAUCAACACAAGUACUCUAUGUUCAACGACGAUAUCCAGGGUACAGGUGCUGUUAUCCUCGCUGGCAUCAUCAAUGCCUUGAAGAAGAGCGGCAUUCCAGCCAAGGACCAGCGUGCUGUGUUCAUGGGUGCUGGAAGUGCUGGUGUUGGUGUCGCCAAACAGAUCGUAGAGUACUUCAUCAAAGAGGGAUUGACCGAAGAUGAGGCAAGACAUUGCUUCUGGUUUGUUGAUACCAAGGGUCUCAUCACAAACGAUAGAGGAGACAGACUCGCGCAACACAAAGUCUAUUUCUCCCGUGACGACAACAAAGGCCAGCAAUUCAAGACUCUCCCAGAGGUUGUCGACUUUGUGAAGCCCACAAUUCUUAUGGGACUGUCCACCAUGCGCGGAAUCUUCGACGAAAGCAUCCUCAAGACUAUGGCUAAAUUGAACCCCAACCCUAUCAUCUUCCCACUAUCAAAUCCCUCCAGCAACUCCGAAUGUACAUUCGAAGAAGCAAUCAAGCACACCGACGGAAAAGCCAUUUUCGCCAGCGGUAGUCCUUUCCAGCCUUACCUGUACAAAGACAAAGUCAUGAUUCCAAGUCAGGGAAACAACAUGUACGUCUUCCCAGGCAUUGGACUUGGUUCCAUCCUCUGCAAAUCCGUCCAUAUCACCCAAGAAAUGAUCUACGCCUCCGCCGUAGCCCUCAGCAACGCCAUCACCCCCUCUGAACUCGCCGAUGGUCGCCUGUACCCUGAACUCGACCGCAUCCGCGAUGUCAGUGUCGUUGUAGCCCGUGAGGUCAUGCGUGAAGCUCAGCGACAAGGAUUAGAUCGCGAGCCAAGCAUUCGGGGCUUGAGUGAUGGAGAGCUUGAUGAGUGGAUCAAGGCGAGGAUGUACGAUCCGACCAAAGACACCAUUUUGCGUGCAAAUCUUUAG